GGAGGGGAGGGAUGAGGAGAGAUUUUUAACUCGGGAACACCAUUCCCUAUCAUCUUUGCACAAGUCCACAGCUUCUCUCUCGGAGACGACGUUACAUAUUAAUCGGCGAGAGAAGCAAAUCGGCGUUGCCAACCACUCUCCGAUUCGUUUACCGCAGGUGUUACUUGCAGAUAGGAUGGCAUCAAAACUGAAGCAGUUGCAAUCUAAGGCAUGUCAGGCAUCACAAUUUGUGUCCAAGCAUGGAAGUGCUUACUACAAGCAGCUAAUGGAGCAGAACAAGCAGUAUGUUCAAGAGCCAGCAACUGUUGAGAAAUGCAAUGAGUUGUCCAAACAGUUGUUCUACACUCGUCUUGCCAGCCUGCCUAGCCGCAAUGAAUCAUUCUGGAAGGAACUCGAUUACGUGAAGAAUUUAUGGAAAAACAGAAAAGAUAUGCACGUUGAACAAGCUGGAAUCGCUGCUUUGUUUGGGCUGGAAUGCUUUGCAUGGUUUUGUGCCGGAGAGAUUGUCGGAAGGGGUUUCACAAUCACUGGUUACCAUGUUUGACUUUUCAACAAGGAGAAAAAAACACACAUAAAACAAAAAAUCUGGUUUCAUGUCAUGACCAAACAUGACUUUGUUCAUGGAACUUGUGUAAUGUUUUGCUACUUCAUUCUUUUUUGGAAAUUUUGAAGCUGAGAAAAUCAGUUGUAAUCUGGUUGCAUUAAUAAUCUCUGCGGUUUAGGGCAUUGACUAUGUUAAGCUUGAUCAAAAGUGUUGACAUUCUAUGAGUUGAUUCGAGUUAUAUUUACAA